AUGGUGAGUUUCAACGGCGACUUUUUCGAUUAUCCAUUCGUUACAAAUCGCGCUAAAGUGCACAACUUGGAUUGGGAGUCCGAGUCAGGCAUAGCGAAGGUAGAGAGCGGGGGAGACUACUACGUAGGCAAGUGGAUUGUGCAUCUUGAUUGCUUUGCCUGGGUGCAGCGCGAUUCGUACUUGCCAUGUGGGGCUCGCGGUCUGAAGGCAGUGACGCGCUACAAGCUGAAGUAUGAUCCCGUGGAGCUCGACCCCGAGGACAUGACACCCUUCGCCAAGGAGCGACCACAGGAGCUCGCCGCGUAUUCGGUGUCCGAUGCGGUGGCCACGUACUACCUGUACAUGAAGUACAUCCACGACUUCAUCCAAGAAGGCUGUGCCUGGGUUCCUGGCAUGGGUCCCCGAUGUCAGAGGGGAAGGAACGGAGCGUGCUUGCAGUCGCUCCCUCAGCCUCAGCCUCGGCAGUCCGUGUGCUGGGCCUCGCGGGUCUUUGCUCUGUGCUCGAUCAUCCCGUACGGCCCAGACGACGUGCUCCGCAAAGGGUCCGGCACGCUGUGCGAGUCGCUGCUUAUGAAGGAAGCAUUUGCUGCCAACGUUAUCUUCCCGAACAAGCACGUCGAUCCUCUGAUGGAGUUCCACGAGCCGACGAACCGCCUCAUCGAGCAGUCCUCGUACGAGGGGGCGCGCGUGGAGUGCAUGCGCGUCGGGGUCUACCGCGCGGACAUCCAGGAGACGUUCCAGCUAGAGCCCAGCGCCUUUCGAACCCUCCUCGAGGACCUCAAGCCGACGGUCGACUUCUACCUGACGGAGGAGGAAAAGGUCAAGAUCGAGGAUGUCGAGAAUUACCAUGAAGUACUUGCCGAAGUGGAGAAGACCCUGAAGGAUCUUUGCGACCCCGACAAAGUUGCUGCUCAACUGGGAAGGGCGAGCCAGUCAUCGCCGCAGAAGUCGGGAAGCCAGCAAGAUGAGUACACACUCAAGCUUGUCGAAUACGAGGUCGUUGAGGGCAGUGGCGGUAUUAAGAGCGGUAAAAAGGUCAAGAAAGCUUCAUACCGUGUAAUCAAAGACGAUUUCCCGCUUAUCUACCAUUUGGACGUGGGCGCUAUGUACCCCAACAUCAUUUUGUCCAACAGGCUUCAACCGUCAGCAAUUGUGUCCAAGGAGUUUUGCAAUGCUUGUUCUUACAACGACCCUGCCAACAAAUGCAAGAAGGACAUGGACUGGAAGUGGCGAGGAGACAGGGGGGGGAAGCCACCCACUGGUGCUGGAGGCCUUCCCCGAUGCAGCUCCUUCUCACUCCUGCCAAGACAGACGACGCUCUGCACGCAGCAGGUGUGA